AUGACCUCUCGGCAAAUUUAUUCCCAAAUGUGCAACUUGUCAAUCACGUGCCAAGCGGGCCUCUCUCGUUUCGUCGCUUCAAUUCCGUUCCGAGACGUGGGAUCUUCAUCCACCCACAUUCAUACACCCUCCUUCUCUUUCUCCUUCAUAAACCCUUGCACCCUUUCUGCCUCUUCGCUUCUUUGUUUUCUUCUCCUCUUGCGCCUCUCUUUCUCUUUCCCACACCCUGUUCUCACUCACGGCCACCACCCUGACCGUCCACCGCGCAUCUUAACUUCCACUUCAGUGGCUCUCGGCUCUAGCCUUCCUCGCCACCGUCGCCGCCGCCGCCAGCCCCUGCUAGCCGUUCUUCUUCGUGAGAAGCUGACCUCAAACCAAAGAUCAAAGCCCGCCUCGCGCUCGCUCUGGGAACCGAACCCAGAACCUAUAAAUCAUAUUUUCACAAGCGAUCGCCAUUUUAACAGUUUGCCUCCAACAAGCAAACAAUAUCACCACCAACAACAAUCAGCACAUUUGUCCGAAUUCUUUUCAUCUAUCUAUCUAUCUAUCUAUCUAUCUAUCUAUCUAUCACAGACUAUUCAAAUCUAUUUAUCUCGUUCUGUUCAUAUCUAUCUAUCUAUCUAUCUAUUGCAGACUAUUCAAAUCUAUCUAGCUCGUUCUGUUCAUAUCUAUCUAUCUAUCUAUCUAUCUCCAUGGAAAUAG